GUGGUUAAGUGUUUCCUGAAUCAGAUAUAAGACACAGGAGUGUUUUCUCCCAUACCCUUUGGUUGUGUUUGCAGUUUGGCGGUUUGAUUUGGUGUUUGCCAGCACAAUGCGGGUGUUGGGUUUCCUCUUGCUGUGCCUGGGGCUUGUGGAGGGAAAGCACCUAGAGCUCGAUCAAGCUGUAUUUGUACCAGAAGACUGGCUCCAUGCAGGCCGAGUGGCUCCUCGUGAAGAAAUGGAACUCACUUUUGCUCUCAAACAGCAGAAUGUGGACCGACUUCAGAAUCUGCUGCAGCUUGUAUCAGACCCGGAUUCACAGCAAUAUGGAAAGUUUAUGACCUUGGAGGAAGUGGCGUCCCUGGUCAGGCCGUCUCAGCUGACCGAGAAAGCCGUGUGGACAUGGCUGAAGGGUCAUGGGAUUCAAAAUUGCCACACAGUGCUAACAAGAGACUUCUUGCAGUGCACUAUGACUGCUCAGGUGGCUGAAACAUUGCUUCCUGGAACUGAGUUUCAUCGCUACAAGAAAGGUGAUCAGACAUUAAUGAGGUCGUCUUCUCAGUACUCUGUCCAUGAGGAUGUGUCUGAUCACCUGGACUUUGUGGGUGGCGUCCUUCGUUUUCCAAUGGGCAGUAAAGAAAUCGGUAAGGCCUGGACAGGGCCUGGGCAGUCGGAAAAGGCUUUUCAUUUGGGUGUGACUCCUUCAACAAUAAGAGCUCGCUACAACCUCACUGCAUCUGAUACUGGCCAUGCUGCUAACAACAGCCAAGCAGUGGCACAGUUCUUGGAGCAGUAUUACCACCCAGCAGACCUGGCGGAGUUCAUGAGUAUAUUCGCAAGAGGUUUCAAUCACAUGACUGAAGUUGAGCGAGUGGUGGGCACACAGGAAGAAGGAAAAGCAGGCCUGGAAGCCAGCUUAGAUGUGGAGUACAUCAUGAGCACUGGAGCAAACAUCUCUACAUGGGUCUUCACCAAUCCAGGUCGACAUGAAACCCAGGAGCCGUUUCUUCAGUGGAUGCUGCUACUUAGCAACAUGUCCGCUGUGCCUUGGGUACACACAAUCAGUUACGGGGAUGAUGAGGACAGUCUGUCCACUGCCUAUAUGAACCGCAUCAACGUGGAGUUCAUGAAGGCUGGGCUCAGAGGAAUCUCUAUGCUCUUUGCAUCUGGGGACAGUGGCGCUGGCUGUUUGCAUUUGGCCAAAGAAAACGUCUUCAGGCCGAGCUUUCCUGCUUCCAGUCCGUAUGUAACCACAGUGGGUGGGACGACCUUCAAGAAUCCUUUCAAGGUCACCUAUGAGGUCACUCAUUACAUCAGCGGGGGUGGCUUCAGUAAUGUCUUUGCAAUGCCUGACUAUCAGGUAGACGCAGUGAGCGCAUAUCUGAAAGGUGCACAGUCGCUUCCUCCUCAGUCCUAUUUUAACCACAGUGGAAGAGCCUAUCCUGACAUGGCAGCCCUUUCGGAUAAUUACUGGGUCGUUACCAACCUUGUGCCCAUACCAUGGAUAUCUGGAACCUCGGCGUCCACUCCAGUGGUAGGAGGAAUUCUCUCGCUCAUUAAUGACCAACGCUUCCUCAAAGGACUUCCUUCUCUGGGCUUCCUCAAUCCACGGCUGUAUAAACUCAAAGGCACUGGUCUUUUUGAUGUAACUGAGGAAUGUCACUUGGGUUGUCUGGAUGAAAAGGUCGAAGGGCAGGGAUUCUGUGCUGCUUCCUCAUGGGAUCCAGUCACUGGAUGGGGAACUCCAAACUACCCUGCUCUACUUGCUGCUCUGAUACAGGACUAAAGAUUCAGAAAACCAAUAUGCUUAAAAAGAAUCCGCUUUACUUUAAUUGUUCUAUUCAACAGCAAUGAGCGUCGCAGCGCAAUUCUGUAAAUGUCUAUUUUAUUGCUUUUUUUUUUUUUUAAAUAUCUGCUGUAUAGCUAAGUAAAGAAAUGUCUUCUGUUAAUCAUAUCAUAUAAAUAUACUGCACUGGAUGUAUGAAUAUCUUCUUGUUUUAAAUAUGUGGCCUUAAAACCUCUCAGGCCCUUUGACUAUUGUGAUAUUCUGGAAGAUUGCACUGAAGAAUUUAUGUAGUGAAACAGAGCUGGGUUCUCUGUAUCGGUAACAGUAUUUGAUACUGAAAAAUAUUGUGCCCACUUUUUUUUUUUU